AAUAUAGUAAAAUAUACUGAAUAAAUACAUACCAAGAGGAAACAUAGUAGGUUGGAUUUUGCUGCCAGUGCGGGUGAGCAAGUGGGAGAUGAUCAGCUGACUCUGGCGGAGGAGGAAGAGGGAUGAAGAAGAUGGAAGGAAACAGAGACGAAGCAGAAAAAUGUCUUAAUAUAGCGACGAGAUCCCUCGAAGCCGGAGAUAAAGAGAAAGCGUUGAAGUUUCUCAACAAAGCAGAAAAGCUGUAUCCAACCGAAAGAGCCAAAGCUUUGUUGGACGCAUUAACGAAGAAUGGGAGCUCAGCGGGUAACGGUGCAUAUCGGAGGAGAGCAGCCGAAAGCACCGGUGCCCAUCCAGAAAAGGAAGGCCGAGAGCCUGGAGGAGGCGAGUCUUCGAAAGGCUUCACUAAAGAGCAGGUUGAAGGAGUGCAAAGAAUAAAGCGGUGUAAGGACUACUAUGAAGUGCUGGGUGUCAAUAAAGAAGUCAAUGAGGAUGAGCUUAAGAAAGCCUACAGGAAACUAGCGCUCAAGUUCCAUCCAGACAAAAAUCAUGCACCUGGAGCCACAGAGGCCUUUAAAAAGAUCGGUAAUGCAUAUGCCGUGCUGAGCAACCCAGACAAAAGACGGCAGUAUGACCUGACCGGAGGAGAGGAGCCGAGCAGCACGGGUCACUCCCACGGAGGUGGCGGAGGAGGAGGCUUUGACUUCCAUAGGGGCUUCGAGGCCGACAUCACUCCUGAGGACCUCUUCAACAUGUUCUUUGGAGGCGGCUUCCCCUCCUCAAGUACACACACCUUCACCAACAGCAGAACGAGCUAUAGCAAUCAGACGGAUUCCCGACGAGAGAGAACGGAAGAACGGGGAGAUGGGGGUUUCUCAAUGUUUAUCCAGCUGAUGCCCAUCGUGGUCCUGAUUUUAGUGUCAAUACUGAGCCAGAUGAUGGUGUCCCCUCCACCCUACAGCCUCUAUUCUAGACCGUCCACAGGGCAGACUAUAAAACGGCAGACAGAUAACCUGCGUGUCGACUACUACGUCUCUAGAGAUUUCAAGUCGGAGUUUAGGGGCUCGGCGAUGCAGCAGAUUGAGAAAAAUGUAGAGGACGACUACGUGUCUAAUGUCAGAAAUAACUGUUGGAAGGAGAAGCAGACAAAAACAGACCUGCUAUAUGCUGCUAAGGUAUACAGGGAUGACCGUAUGCGCAAGAAGGCAGAACUUAUGACCAUGGAUAACUGCAGGGAGCUGGACAGACUAAAUAGCCUAUUCAGGGGAGGAUGAGUUGGGCUCUUUAGAUCAUUAAAAUGUAUAUGAAUAGAUGUGUAUGUUCAUGUUUUUUUAAGGAAGAGUCUUUACACUAGAAGCAAAAACUUACUGAAAUAAAUUAGCUCUAUUGUAGAUGUUUUAAAAUGUCCCUCUCCUUAUAUCCCCCCCCUGCCAACCUCCUCACUCCAGCCUGACCCCAGGAACCGCCUUGAUACAUCUUUAAUGAACCAAUCUACAUACGCUGUAGAAAGCCACAGACCUUUUUCUUUCUUUUUUUUUACUCUGCUUUUCUUGUAUUUUCCUGAAAACAAGAUGGACAAGGACACUUGAUUGUAAAGGCAUGGGCUUUGAGUAGUGAGAAC